ACAGAAACAUGACGUGUCUGUGUGGAUUUGAUUGGCUGAUCCUCUAGCUGCUCUUUCCUGUCUGAAGUUGCUCGCUUUGGGUUCUCGCGACCAACUAAGAAGCAAAAUGAGGCGAAUAAUUGCAGCUGUUAUGGUUCUUUGUCUGACUCUUUGUGCAGCUGACACUUGCACAGAGCCGGUGAUCUCCACCUCUUCAUACACAACAGCUGAUGCAGUGAUCUCCUCUGAGACCGUCUUCAUUGUUGAGCUGAGCCUGGCAUGUGGAAAUGGAGCACAGAGUGUUGCCCUCUACGCAGAUGUUAAUGGCAAACAGUUUCCUGUGACCAGAGGUCAGGAUGUUGGAAAAUAUCAGGUUUCCUGGAGUGUUCCCCACAACCAAGCCAGCUCAGGCACUCAUCAAGUGAAGUUCUUUGAUGAGGAGGCUUACAGCACCCUGCGGAAGGCCCAGAGAAAUAAUGAAGAUGUAGAAGCCAUCAAGCCUCUGUUUUCUGUCAAUGUAGAGCACAGGGGUGCAUGGAACGGUCCUUGGGUGUCCUCCGAGAUCUUAGCAGCUGUCAUCGGCAUUGUUCUGUACUAUUUUGCUUACAGCACCAAAAGUUCAAUUCAGGCAUAAAUAUCUCAAGUGCAAAAAUUGUGAAAAAGCAACUCAGUAAUGUAAACAUACUUUAUAACCAGGUUUUAAGCAUUUCUUGUACCAGCAAGUGCUCACGUCUUAAGUUUUAUAAGUAAUUUGUUCCAGCCAGGAGAAUUUUUUUUUUUUUAAUGAUGUAGUUGGGAGAAGCCUGAGUAAUAACCUGUGUUAUUAGAUGUGUACUAAAUGUACUGAGGACACAUUCUGGCUUUUGGAAUGUCUGCUUGUCAAUGAAAUUCAUUGAAUAAAAAGAAACAUUUUUAACA